UAAUGUUGUGCAGUUGAUAAAGGCUUAAAUAAUUCGAAAAAUCGUAGUUACUUUGCUUUUGUAUGGAUGUAUGCUGUCUGUUACUUUCUAAUCCCAUUCUAAAUAGAUUUUUGUCGAACUGGCAAUUGCUAGCUUACACUUGGUAAAGAUGGUAGCUAAUUUUAGACAACGGCUGUCGAGAUAGUAUAAUAUCAGUAAUAUCUGCGACUAUUUUUUAUUAAUGUGCUUGUAUUUCUUUUUACUAGCAAACAUCGAAAAGAUAAGUUUCACUUUGCUGACGAGUAAACUGAGGAGAGCUGGACAGGGCGGGAACAGUCGAGGAAGGAGAGGAGAGAGGUGAAGACAUGCUGGUUCCUGUCGAAUAUAAGGGGGUGAGCAAAUGGGUCAGGGUACCAAAGGUGGAGGAGGUCUUCAAUUUCUCUGAAUUUUUACAAGGAGUGCUGGCAAAAUUCAAUUUGUCAGGUUUUACUGCUUUGAUGCUCAAGGAUUCUGCAGGAGUUGAAGUGGAUUCUGACAUCUUUGAUGAGCUUCUGAAGUCAUCUCAGGUGUCCUUCAAGGCCUUCACUGAAGAUUGCAAUGAUUCUUCAGAGGGCUCAUCCUUAACUGAUUGGUCACCAUCACGUGCAUCCCAUGGGUCAUCUCCAAGCUCAGACUCAACAAUUAUACUAGAAUCCACCAAAGCUCGAAGAAAACGGCUGAUUGAAGGACCCCCUGACAGCAGCAGUGCUCGCGAUAUUGUCAAUGCAGCCCUGCAUUCAAAGCCGGACGGUGACCAAAUAAUCAAAGAAUACGAGAAAACAAAGAGUCUGUCGGAUGGUACAAGAAGAAGGAUGAUCAACAUGCUUGUGGCUGACAUGGUAGAGAGCCAUGGGAGGAUCCCUCCAGUAAAUAUCCGCAGUACGUAUGCACUUGGCAUUACAACCUUGUUCCCAAAUUUGAAGGACCCGGAUUCAAAGAAUGGUUAUGAGCAUUUCUAUGAUCACCAGAGUGGUUCUGGUUACCUGGCAUGGAGGCUGAAGACUGUGCAGCGCAACUCUGCUCAAGAGAUCAAGAAAUCCAGGUCCAGCUUUCAGGAUGGCCCUAAGACUCAUCGCAGCAUGCAUUCACCUGUGAGGCAGUUGUCAGGUGACGAAUGCAAUGAAGCUAUAUCAGUGAUGAGGCACUCAAGUGACACAACCCUCGUCCAAGACAAAAUGAGGGCAACAUUUCAGAAAAGACAAAAGGUUGUUCAAGACCCAGCAACAGCUUCCACUGUCCUAGACCUUUUUCCGAGAUUCCUGGACACACCAGGCUUGAUCGACCAAGACUUCAAUAUGCUCUUUGGUGAUGAAGUGACUGGUAAAUUCCUCGCUAAAUGGCCAACAUUCUUCAAACCGAGGAUCAUUGCGGAGUGCAAAAAUCUUCCUCAAAGUGUGCACGUGGAUGACCUCCUUUUGUCUGCCCAACAGGAAUCUGAUGAUGGUGUAUGGGACUGUGAGGUUGCCGCCAUCUGCUUGUUGCUUCACCUGUUGCCGCCAACAUCCAAGGGCAAGAAGUCUGCAAAGAUCAGCGCAACAGAUGCUGCUGUCCGCCUGGUGAAGUUCCUUAAGGUGGGGAGAAGCAUGGAGACCUUCCUGAAGGAAACUGGCCCUGCUCAGCCCUUUCUCCUGUGUGUUGGAGAACGAAAAAACAGCAUCCAGAAUUUCUACAUCAUCCUGGACCAAAAGGCCAUUCCCUCCAAGACACAGACUGGAGUUGCUGCCUUUGACGAGCUCUUCAAGGCACAUUUUGCUUUUGCUGUGUCCUACGAUGAGGCGCUGUGCAACUUCUACACCUUCAUCCAGACAACCGUGUAUGGCAUUGACGUUGGCAGUGUGAAGGAGAGUCCUCGGGUGAAGGAAAUUCGAGCAAGAUUUCUUCACAGUUCAUUUUGAAGAGGAACUAAUUUCUGACUUGAAAUGUUCACAUGUUACAUUUGCAAGGUACAGCACAGAAAUGGUUCAUUGUUAUGUCGACAUUUGAAGUUUCAGCAUGGAUUGUACCCAGGAAGGUCUUUGCGUUUGCAUUGUGGAGAGGCUGGUUGUUCAUUUGUUUUUUGCACAUACUUUGGUUACCAGCGGCACUUAUCUCGAGCACAUAAGGAUGGUGGUGAUUCAGAUUCCGUCAGUGAUGUUGAGUUUGGUCCUGCAACUAAUGUUGGAGCUUCUGUUUCACAACAACUUAAUGUAGAUCCUCCUGCGACUGUCACACACAUUCCAAUGGAUAACACGAAAAUACUAGACAUGUGCAGCUCUGUUAUUGCUCAACUGCAAGCCUCAGGAGUUCCUGAAAGUACGGUGCAGUGUUUAGUUGGUUCAAUGGAGGAACUGGUCGAUGACAUCCAUGCCCAUGCAAAAGAAACUGUUGUUGAAAGUUUGUCAUCUGAAGCAUCCGGAGAAACAUUAGAAAAAGUUCAGGACUGUUUUGGUCAACUUGAAAAUCCAUUUUCAUCUCUUAACACAGAAUCUAAACGAAAGAAGCACUUAGAAGAAAAAUGGAAAAUAGUGGAACCAGUGGAGUAUAUUCUUGGUGUGCGUUUUGAUACACGCAGAGAUAGAACAACAGGAACAUACAGGCAAGUUCCUGUAAACGACAAGUUCAUGUAUGUACCAAUCAUGGGGUCUCUGUCAUCUAUGUUUAGGAACAGUGAACUUUGUAACAGUUUCCAAAAAACUAAACCACACCAGGAGGGUUUUUACAGAGAUGUAAAUGAUGGCUCCUACUUCAGGAACCACAUUUUAUUCUCACAACAAGAACAUGCUUUGCAGAUACAGCUCUACUACGAUGAUUUUGAAACUGCUAAUCCAUUAGGCUCAAAAAAGGGAAUUCACAAACUUGGCUGCAUUUAUUUUAUUUUGAGAAAUCUGUCCCCGAAGCUUAAUUCUGUGUUGAUGAACAUACAUCUUGUUGCCCUCUUUCACUCAGAGGAUUUAAAGAAAUAUGGGUUUGAUCCCAUUCUAAAGCCACUUCUCAAUGAUUUAAAGAUGUUAGAGGCUGAAGGAAUGCAGGUGCCCUUUCAACCCACACCUUUGAAAGGUUCAGUUUUUCAGGUUACAGGUGACAACUUGGCUAUACACGGCCUUUUUGGUUUGGUCGAAUCGUUUAGUGCAAAGUACUGUUGUCGCUUUUGUUUAACUGAAAAGGGAGAGAUGCAAUCAGUUUUCAGUGAAGAUCAUCCAGGUUUAACUCUACGUUCUAAAGCCCUUCAUUCAGAACACUGUGCUGCCGUACAACAAAAUCCAGCUUUGGCCUCAACAUUUGGUGUGAAAAAAGCAUGUCCUCUCAAUUCCCUCAAGCUGUUCCAUACUUCAGACAACUACGCUGUAGAUAUAAUGCAUGAUCUACUGGAAGGAGUGGUGCAGUACGAGUUGAAGCUUGUGUUUCAGUACUUGAUAAAGAACUCGAUAUCUGUAAGCUCAUUGUCAGAAAGAAUCAUGAGCUUUAACUAUGGAUUUACACAGAGAAAAAACAGGCCAAGUGGGGUAAAAUUGGACGAUGAUAGCAACAAUCUUGGCCUUAGUGCUGUUCAGUCAUGGUGCCUCUUGCGCAAUACCCCAUUGAUGUUUGGAGAUUUAGUUGGGAGGAAUGAUAGCUGCUGGAACUUGCUGCUCCUCUUAAUACAAAUCGUCAACAUUGUCUUUUCACCUAUUGUAACCCAUGGUAUGACUUGCUAUUUGAAACAUCUGAUUUUCGAUCAUCACAAGCUUUUUAAAUCUGUGUUUCCAGAGCGAAAUCUGCUUCCAAAGCACCACCACAUGAUACAUUACCCAAGGUGUAUUAGAAAGAUUGGGCCACUAUUACACAUGUGGUGCAUGAGGUUUGAAGGCAAGCACAACUUUUUUAAAAGGUCUGUGAAGAACUUUAAAAACAUCACAAAAACACUGGCAAAGAGACAUCAGAAUCAACUGCCUUUUCAUUUUGAAGGUUUUUAUUUUAAAAGAUUCCAAUUCGGCCCCAUUACUGAAGUCUUGGUCAGCAGUUUGGAGGGCAGUGAGGCGCUGAAUGAAACUUUCGAUUUGUCAUGUGUUUCCACAACUUCCUGGGUCAAAAGCUAUGGCACAGAGUAUCAGCCUGGGAUGUAUGUAUGUUCUGUUGUUGAAAAUGAGAUGCCUUUGUUUAACAGGAUUGUCAGUGUUAUUGUUAAAGAUGACAGUGCUUAUCUUCUAACUUGUGCUGUCUCAACAAUGUAUUUUGAUGAUCACUUAAAUGCAUUUAGCAUUGAGGAGAAAAACAAUGUCUUUGCGCUGCUGUGUGUAGAUGAUCUGAUGUACUACAGGCCGUAUGACAGGCAAUUUUCAAGUGAUUCUGACGACCAAAUGUUUAUUGUCCCAUACUCUGUUUUUGUGUGACUCCAUGCUGUACUUGUAUUUAAGACCGUUUUGCAUUUGUGCUGUACCUGUGCUUUCAAUACACAAUAUUUUG